AUGGAAAGAAUCGCAGCUAUCUCAAAUCAGUUGGCAGGCAAGAGAAUUUGGUUUCUGUAUUGGUGUGGUUUGCUCCAGCUCGCUGAUGUGAUGACGUUUUCGUUUGUAGCCAACAAGUCCAUUUUGGACAAGAAUCCUGAUGAUGUGGUGAUUGUGGACGCCGUAAGGACGCCUAUCGCCAAAGCAAAUCGUGGAGGCUACAAAGACAUGCUCGCCGAAGAAUUGUUGGCUGUCGUGUUGAAGGCUUUGUUGGACCGCAAUCCAAAACUGAGCCCCACUCUCAUCGAGGAUAUUCAAGUGGGAUCCGUUACUGGAGAGUUGGGAGGAAGCCAUAAAGCCAAUCGAAUGGCACAGAUUACUGCUGGAGUUCCAUGGACCGCCUCUAUGGCCACAACCAACAGACAAUGUGCCUCAGGCCUACAAGCCUGUCAAAACAUUGCAGCAGAGAUUCGCUCUGGUCAGAUCGAAAUUGGUAUUGGUGCUGGUGCUGAGUCAAUGACCAUCGGAUAUAAGAAUAGAAACAUGCCUACCGUUGUGUCUCCUGCUUUAAAUCAACACCCGGUAGCAAAGGAAAUGUUGAUGCCCAUGGGCCUUACUAGUGAGAAUGUGGCAAAGGAAUAUGGUGUGACCAGAAGAGAGCAGGAUAUUUAUGCCGAAAGGUCCAACAGGCUUGCGGCAAAAGCUCAAGCUGAGGGUUGGUUUGAUGAAGAAAUCGUCCCAGUCACAGCUUCAAUCAAGGACAAGGAUGGAAAACAAAAGGCUCUGGUUGUAUCAAAGGAUGAAGGUGUACGUGGGGAUACUACGCUCGAGAGUCUGUCGAAGUUAAAGCCAUCCUUUACAAAAGAUGGAACAACCACUGCCGGAAAUGCUUCGCAACUAUCUGACGGAGCUGCCGCAGUUUUGAUGAUGAAGAGAUCAACGGCCGAACGUCUUGGCCUACAGAUCAAGGGCAAAUUCAUUGCUUAUGCAUUCGCAUCGGUCCCACCACGAGUAAUGGGAAUAGGUCCAGCAUUCGCCGUACCAAAAGCUCUAUCUCUAGCUGGUAUUUCAAUCAAGGAUGUCGACAUUUUCGAAAUCAAUGAAGCUUUCGCUUCUCAACUCGCCUAUUGUGCUCGAGAAUUGGGCAUUCCACAGGAAAAAGUCAAUCCUUCAGGUGGUGCCAUCGCUCUUGGGCACCCAGUAGGCAUGACAGGAGCGAGACAGAUCGCAACUUUGCUUGGAGGUCUCAAGCGAAGCGGUGGUAAAAUCGGAGUAACAACUAUGUGCGCUGGCACAGGAAUGGGAGCUGCUUCUGUCAUCGUUCGAGAAUAG